UUCCCUCUGUUUAGAGUUGAUCUCUGCAAUGUCUUGGACCUGCAUGCUUUUGACUGUUUAUCUGGAAUAAGUUUGCAGAAAAAGCUUGAGCAUGUAAAGACAACACAUGCACAUCUAGAUAAGGGUAUAAUUACGGUAACAUUUGAAGUUCCAGGAAGUAUAAAAGAAGAAAACUUAAAUAUCUUUAUUCAGAAUCUUCUGUGGGAGAAGACUGUGAAAGAUAAGACUGGGCGCACCAUGGAUGUCAUAAGACUGAAG